GAAGUGAGGUCACGGCGCUCUGAUAAUUGUUAUUGUUAGCUUGUUAGCUCGCAGGCUAACCCCAGAGAUGGAGAUAUGACGGAGUAAUAACGUCUUAUUACAUGUGCGGGACUUGGUUAUUACCGGUGGUCACAGCUGAUGACUUUUCCUGUAAGCUCACCUGAGAUCUGAGAUGGAGGACGGGAACAGGACUGAUGCUGCUUCCACAUCCAAGAACCACUCAGGUUCUCUCCACCUGCAGACUCCAAAAAACGAGGACGCUUAUGAGAUCUCCAUCCCCUACGAGGAGAACAACUUCGAGCAGCAGGGGUUCUUCAACCAGAGCGACCAGAGUUUUGACGAGCCGGCCUCCUCCGCCGGUCCGUCUCCGGUCAACAGCUCCUACAUGGUGAUCACCAACCUGAGGACGCAGCUCCAGAUCUCCGUGGAGAAGAACUCCUGGCUGCAGAAGAGGAUCGAGGACCUGGAGGAGGAGAGGGACUUCCUCCGCUGCCAGCUGGACCGGUUCAUCUUCUCCACCAAAACUCAGGGCCAGGAGCAGAGCCAGAGCCAGUACAGCAACGGAUACGAGUCGAGACGAUUCAACUGGAGGACGAGAAGAGAAGAAGACCGUCCUGUUGAGCCACAGAAGACGGACUCACAGCAUUUCCCCAGUCGUCAGUUCAUCCAUCGGAGGCCCGGUCCUCCUACCAUGGUGGCCUCCAAAAACCACGUCUCCGGCCCGCUGUCCAACCAGCUGGCCUCCAUGAACGCUCUGUUCGGCUCCUCUCAGCCUCAGGCUCUGCUUCAGGGCCACGGAUCGUCCAGCAGCGCCGCCGCCGGCAGCAACGGCAGCAGCAGCAGCAGCACGGCGAGGUCCAGCAUGAACGAGAUGAGCGGACACGGCAGCGUAGGUCCAGAUUCCCUCUCACUUCUGGGAGAAUCUGAUGAGUACCUGGAGCAGGACGGCUACAUGGAGGAGGAGGAGAUGAUAUCGGGUGAAGACGUCAUGACGGACAGCAUCAACAGCCACCAGAUAAAGAGGAGGCGGGUCUUCAGAGCUCCACGGGAGCGACAAAGAGUUAAAGAUGCCGCCGGAGUUCUGUUCCGCUACAAGAAGAUUCUGCUGACGUACCAGCGCCUCAAGAACAUGUCCAAAGCCUUCCAGAUCCACGGCGUCGACCGCAACACGGUGGCGUCCACCACGCCCAUCGCCGAGCUGCUGCUGGUGGCUCCGGAGAAGGUGGCCGAGGUGGGCGAGUUCGACCCGUCCAAGGAGAAGCUGCUGGACUACGCCCGGCGCUGCUACACCGCCCUGGACGAGGAGACGCUCAGCAGAGUCCAGGCGCUGAAGAAGAACAACCUGCUGCUGCCUAUUUCCUACAGGUUCAGGCACUGAGGUGGAGGUUUGGGGAGAUGCAGCAGACUGAGGAACUAUUUGACCAUCUCAGCGUCUGUUUAAACUGCGACUGACACACGAACUCUUCCCGUCUUUGACUAUCAAACCUGCACAGGUGUGUCGGUUUCUUUAACAAAUCUUUGGUGUUCAGGAUGAUCCGAAAGGGAAAAAUAUGGUUUGAGGUCAUCUUUAGUGCAGGAUUAUAGAGAAAAUUGCUUUUUACAGUUUUUAAAUGAGUCUAGCUGAUUCAGGUUUCAGCUUUUAUUUUGAAGAGACACGCUUGUUUCCUUUUUCUGUCCACAUUUUCUCAAACAUUUCAGCUCAAUAAUCACUAACUUAUAACACUUUAUUUAUGCGGUUUUGACACAAUCCUACAAGUAGCUUUCAAUCACUUUGUUAAACUUAAGCUGCACUCCACUGAUUUUAUAGAAUUCUGUCAUUUCAUUCUGUUUUUACUGUUCCAUGUGUGUUAUUUUUUUAUAUUUGUCAUCAUAUUGUCGCUACUUUCACUUGCCUUAAUGCUAUUUUUGUGAGUUUCUAACAUGAGGGAAGCAUCGGUUUUGUCUCGUCCUUCAUUUUUUUCCACGUUUAAAAGAGGAGAGAACUUUUUAAAAAUAGAAAGAAAAGGGCACAAUCAUGAUGCUCUGGCAGCAAGAGUCACUUUUUUUAGUUUAAAAUGAACUAAGCCGGAGAAAUGUUGACGAUACUCCAUAUUUUUGCCUAAUAAUUAUUAUAAUAAUACGACCAUCAGCUGUUUUUUUGACGGUUUCAUCCACAACACACUACAGGGGGUCCUUGACUUACAUCUGAGUUCCAUGCCUACGGCACGAUGUGGGUCGGAACUCCAACCAUAUCGAUAAGUCCUUGGGAAAAGUCAUGAAUACCAACGACUUUCAUUCACGUAUGAAUCAUUUUACUAGAAGAUAACAGAAUAUGUUGACCUGUUUUUACAACUUGCCAUCAGAAGAGUCUGACUUACGCUUAGGAGCCGUAAUGAGGGCGAAAAGUUAGCGAAUGUAGCACAAUCCAAGGUGGAGUACAACCGGAGAACGGAAACAAAGCCGUCUGAUAGCGUUGCAUGACAACGUAUUCGUCCGCUCCUCUCACCAACUAGUUCCGACAAAAUGCCGUAGGUCGAGAAUGUCGUCAACCCAUGACUCAACAUAACCAGGUCCAACAGAACGAUGAAAUGCUGCAGGUCGAGGACUUGCCCGUAACCAAUUCCAACAUAAUGACGAAACGCCGUGAGUUCAAGAUGUCAUAAACCGAGCACCCCCUGUAGUUCCACUUAGGGUUGCACAAACCUCCUUUUUUGUAAAUGCGUGACGACGUAUUUGUCCACUCCACUCGCCAACUAGUUCCACGUAACCACUUUCGACGUAAAUCAACGAAACGUCAUAAGUCGUAAACUAGUCCUACAUAACCAGUUCCAGUGUAAAACAAUGGAGCGCCUUAGGUUGUAAACCAGGGACCUGCCUUUAGCCAGUUCGGACGCAACGACGAAACGCUGUAGGAUUUGGACAUCGUAAACCGAAGACCCGCCCAUAACCAGGAACAACGAAAUGCCAUAGGGCGAGGACGUCGUAAACUGAGCACCCCAUGUAGUUCCACUGAGGGUUGCACAAACCUGCUUUUUGUAAAUGAUCCGCACUAAAUUCCAGUAAAAGUCACCUCACAGGCUUCUGAUACCCGGGCUCUCCUUUUGUAAAGUACAUUUCCACUAAUUUUUCACUCGACAGGUUGUUUGUAUCGUCGCGUGACUUUUGAUUCCUGGUGAAAAACCGUGGACGUUCAUCACACGAACGGUUCUUUGGGUGAGUUUCAGUCCCACAGCUCGACUACACGUGCAUGAGAGGAGAGCUGGUUGGUUGAUCUGUAGUUCUUAGGAGUCCAGUUAAAGACAUGUCGACUGUGUUUUAUGAUAGUGUGUGGUCUGUAAACUGACGAGGUCGCAGUUGGAACACUGUGACUUAAAUUCUCACAUCUCGGGAACCGAUUUUCCUAAAAGUAAACGGGAAUAAACACUCUGAUCUGUGGAGCUCAGGCCGAUUUUAGCGUCUGUCUGUGAUGCUAAAAACUUUCCCCCAGUGUUCAGUAUGUAUCUCACAUCUGUCUGAAAUUAAGGUAUUAUUCCCCAGAUGUAUAGUACGAUUCAAAUGUCAAGAAACCCUUCGAUUUAUCAGAUUAAUUAAUCUGUUAAAUCCAACAGCGCCACUCACUGAAAAGAUGUCUGUGACUCACGAACUGUACUGUUCAGACAUAAAUGUAAUUAAAACAUUUGAUUUCCGACAA